ACUCGCCCGACGGCUGGUAUCGCAGCAAACAAUCAACAUACGUGCAUCUUACCCUGCCCAUUACCAAUCAUCACGUACACAUGUCGACCUUCUAUUUCUCUUCUGGAAUUCGGUCGGCAUGUCACUUAUCUUUCCAUCUCCAUUUACAAAUGUCUUAUCUGAUGGAAGUACGACAGCCACCUCCACGAAGUCUCGUCCGUGAAGCUCGUAUAUGAUAUUUGCAGGUCUUAUAAUUGUAUAAUAGGCCGUUAUUUUUGAUCUUUCCUUGUACUGAAAAAAGUGAAUUGAUAUUCGCUUCUGGAGUCGCGUGCUCAACUGGUUUUUUCUUGCAGCGCGCAAAUUUGAGCCAUUGGAGAGCAACCACCGGGACACUUCACCUGUGGCUACGAGAUGCUGUCACGAUCCAGUUUCUGUAGCACAUUCACACUUAUUUGACCACCAUGGAUGACGAGAAGCCUGACAGAGUCACUGCUGCAGUCGAUCCAGAAAAGCCAUCUGCUACAAGCUCAAAACCUAGCAAGCUCUCCUUAUUGAUCGGAGGGGCUAUCGUUGUUAUUGUUGUCCUUGCUCUUGCUCUCGGACUGGGCUUGGGAUUAGGUCUGAAGCAUCAUCAUAGCUCAGCAGUCUCCUCUUCAUCGACGGUACCUUCAGCAAGCGCCUCUCCGUCCUCCACGCCAUCCGGACUAUCGGAAAAUAUCCCAUCAUGGAGGAGAGAUCCAUCUGAAUACCUUCUAGAUAUGGAUUGGGAUAUCAAUGCUGCUCCUACAACGAGGAUAUUCAAUAUUACAGUCAGUGAGAUUCAAGCUGCUCCUGAUGGGGUUAUGCGAACAAUGCUUGUUAUGAACGGACAAUUCCCAGGCCCGUUAAUCAGAGUGAAUGAAGGCGAUCGGGUGUUGGUCAAUGUGACAAAUCAAUUGAAGAAUGGCACUUCGAUGCAUUGGCAUGGGUUCUUUCAAAAUGGAACCAACUGGAUGGAUGGAACGGCGGGGAUCACACAGUGUCCAAUACCUCCGGGCACAUCUUCUCUUUACAAUUUCACUGUAGAGAACCAAUUUGGGACCUAUUGGUAUCAUUCCCAUUUCUCAUCUCAGUACACGGACGGCCUUGUUGGUCCCUUUAUCGUACACUCUCCAUCUGAAGCAACUGUUCGCUCGACCUACGAUUAUGAUCAAGUUAUCCUUCUCUCGGACUGGUAUCAUGAUCUCAGCAGCGCCUUACUGCCUGCUUAUCUUGCAUCAGGAAACGAAAAUGCAGAGCCACUGCCAGACAGUGGUGUAAUUCAGGGGACAAAUUACUUCGACUGCUCGUCAUAUGACCCCGACAGUGGUUACAUUUGCCAAGAUAACUCCACUCGUGCAAUUCUCCCUAUUCAUCCUCAGAAACGACAUCGUCUCCGCCUCAUCAACACAGGAGCAUUCGGAGAAUUUGAUGUCAGCAUUGACAAUCACACACUCUCCGUCAUCGAAGCAGACUCGACCCUCAUCACUCCAGUCACUGUACACCGCGUCCCAAUUCACAUCGCACAGCGCUAUUCGGUAGUCGUGAACUUCAACCAGUCCACCUCCACCAACUACUGGUUCCGCGCUCAAAUGAACGAGCACUGCUUCUCCGCCGACAACCCCGUCCUAGAUCCCGACGUCAAGGCUCUCAUCUCAUACAGCAACACAACAUCCGAACCCACCAACUCAAUAGACUGGACCGACGUCCUCGACGUCACAUGCCAAGACCUAAACACCACUCUCCUCGUCCCCCUAACCCCCAUCUCGCCCCCCAAAAACGACCUAACCUACCAACUCGACAUCUCCUUCCAAAUCGGCUCCUACGCCCUCGACAAAGCCUACAUAAACUCCACAACCUGGACCCCCUCCAGCACCCCGACCCUCAACCAAGCAAUCUCCGCCCUCUCCUCCCAAAACACCACCCUCUCAUCCUCCUUCUCCACUCUCGGCCUCGACACAACCCUCUACUCACCCUCCGGCUCCCAAUUCAUCCUCUCAAUCCCCACCCUCCAAACCGUAGAUAUCCUACUCAACAAUUUCGACGAGGGCGCGCACCCAUUCCAUCUACACGGCCACCAGUUCUGGGAACUCGCUUCGGGGACGGGGAAUUUUGAUUGGGGGACCGCGUAUCAGGGGAUCGAUACGAGGAAUCCGAUGAGGAGGGAUACGUUGACGGUGGAUGCGUAUGGGUGGAGUUUGAUACGGUUUGUGGCGGAUAAUCCGGGGUUGUGGGCGUUGCAUUGUCAUAUUAGUUGGCAUAUGGAGGCGGGGCUUUUGAUGCAAUUCCAGACGAGAGCGGAUAUUAUGAAGACGUGGACAUUGCCGGCUGAUGUAAAGGGAUUGUGUUCUACUUAGAUGUUCUAUGCAUGAUUCAUUUGCUUUUGAUAUAGAUGGAAGUGAAACUCAGUGUCUGAUCUUCUUCUUUGUGGUGAUUUGUUCCCUAAGUGGCGUUCGUUAGGCUCAACAUUCUGGACGUGAAGUCGGACAUUUUCAGCUUGAUAUGGUAGUCAGUCGUUCUUUUGAAUCGGCUUUUGGAUCUUAAGAGGCAAUAGAGUACUCAGGUAGGAAAUCGAAAUAACUUGGGCGUGAUCUUGGUUAGUCGGAAGAUGAGGAGGGUUCGGAAAUGUUAAACGUGUAUAUCAGCGAAGAGGAGAGGUCGAUAUCAUUUGAUGUCACGGAUAGUGAGGGAGAGCCAGAGAACGAGAAUGAGGAUGGCAUGGAUGAGGGUCAACUCCGGGGUGCGAAGAGGCAAAGAAGAGAGGGAGGAUCAUAACGAUGACAUGGGAAAUAGAAGUUUCUUUUCUGCC